UCAAUCAACUGUGUUUUAUUAAUAAAUAAAAAUAAUACAAAAAGGGAGGGGACCAAACCAAAACAUCUCCUAAGAGGCAUACCUCUUAAAAACAUGAAUAUAAUAGUAAAAACAAAUUUGGAAGCCAAAAUACAUGAAUUCGAAUCUCGGGUAUGGAAAACCAAAAAACCAGCAUAAUAGCAUCUUCUAGCGAAUGGUCCACCUGAUCGUAUAAAAUGCAGUGGGCUUGAUUAGAACUAUGACCCGCUAAGAAAUGAGUUGGGAGAUUCCCUUCUCUAAACACAAGACCAAAUUUCAAGCCCAUCUCAUUCGCCUUCCUCUAAAAUGUCUAAAUGCAAUCAAUACGCUUUCCUAAUUCUUCAUCCAAGAGUAGAGAGAUAAUACGAGAAGCGUCGGUUUCCACCUGAAAAUCAACAAACCUCAUCCACAUUGCUAAUUCAAAAGUUAUAAUCAAGGCAUUCAAUUCAGCCUCCUCGCUCGAUGAAGCCUGAAUCGCGAAACUUAGAGCCCACAUGAGCUCCCCAAGACAAUUCCUUAAGAUGGCUCCUCCUGAAGAAGAUCCAAGAUACAUACUGCAAAGAAUGGCCCUUCUUCCCACUCUGCAAAAUAAUGAAACCACCUUGGUUUUAUCCUGUGAUCCAAAGCCUAGGCUUAAAUGGACUCCACAGCUUCACCAUAGAUUUCUGGAAGCAGUAAAUCAGCUUGGAGGUGCAGAGAAGGCAACACCUAAAUCAUUGAUGAGAGUGAUGAACAUUGAUGGCCUUACUUUAUACCAUCUCAAGAGCCAUUUGCAGAAAUUUCGGCUGGGGAAAAGCCAUCAGUUGAAUUGCGACCAUGAAAACAGCCAAGAUUACCAGCAAUCUCAGAGUCAGGAAAGCCAAUCACGUUCAGAAAGCUAUGAUGGAGCCCACGAUCAUCAAAUGAAUGAAAGCAUGAAGAUAGCUCAAGCAUUGGAGAUGCAAAUGGAAGUGCAGAAAAAACUACAGGAACAAAUUCAGGUGCAGAGAAAUCUCCAGAUGAGAAUUGAAUCUCAGGGGAAGUAUCUUCAGACUGUUUUGAAGAAGGCGCAUGAAGCACUUUCUAGAUACAGUCCUUUAGUUCAAGCAGACCUAUCUUCAGUGUCAACAUUGACAGAAAUUGGAUGCUCUCUAUCAAACUGCACAUACCAAACACAAGAACAGCUCGUGACUGGCAUUGGGUGUUCACUUGAAAGUUCCCUCACAUCAUCUGAAACCUCAGCUGGGAUUAAGGAAGACAAUGAGGUAUACAAUGAUUCUGUUGAACUUUCACUGAUGGAAAUGCAUCCAAGGAAGCAAAAGGGGUUAGUUGAUAAUGAUGAUGAUGAUAGUGGCAGGAAAAGGAACAGAAGCAUGGCUUCUUUUGAUGAUUUUGUUGAAAACCCAUCAUCCCAUAAAAGAUUCCAGUCCAGUUUUAGUAAUAAUGAAGAUAACUUCAAAAAGUUGGGAUUUUUGGAGAUUAUUGAUUUAAAUGUUCAGUGUGUUAGCGGGUUUGAUGGUUAAUUAAACCUGCAAAUGGUUAUAAACUUAUAUCUGGUGUCUGGAAACUAUAUAUGAGGAAGCUGCUGGUUCUUUUACCAGCGAGUUCUGUUUGUAAAACCAUGUGUGUAAAUGAACUGAUUAGUGAAUGAAUCUUUUCUUUUCAAAGUAUAUUCCCUUUCAAA